UUCCCCUAUAAGACUAUGAUGCAAUAUUUGUGGGAUGGAGAAAGUACAUUACGGAAUACUGUAUUUUUUUUUUUUUUUUUUUUGAAGCAACGGAAUACUGUAUUUUGUAUAAGAGUAUUAUGCCUAUAAAAAUGGAUAAAAUAUUAUCCUAAAAAAAGCAUAGAAAAGAAAUCCAUUUUAAGCACACGCGCCACAUACAUAGGAGUGAGAGAAGUAGUGCCAGCCAAGCCAUAAGUCCGUUCUCUGUUAAAAUUUGAAUUUUUUUCAAAAACAAAAAAAAACAAAAACUAAUCUCCACUUUUUAAUUCAAAUAAAUCACACAAAACUAAAACUGUUAUUCCGUAAUCCGUAUUCUUUUGUUAUCUGGUGCCAAAUUUUCUUUCCUUUUUCUCUCAAUAUUAAGAUUAGGUUUUCAAAAUUACGUACAAUAAACAAAAAUUCAACAGCUUUUCAAAUUUACACACAAAAUUUCCUUCUCCUUAUUACUCAUUUCUUACAAAUUUUCCCAACUUUUCUCUCUCCUAAUUUCUCCCAUUUUUAGCAAAUUUUUUUUACUUGGCAAAAACCCCCAAUCUCACCUGAAAAACACAAAAAUUCAAGAAAACCCAUCAAAAUUAAUCAAAUUCCCAUCUGGGAAAUUCCAAUGUGGUCGAUUUAAUCACAAUUUCAUCAUUUAUACACCCUUUUUGAAUCUUCAAAUUUGUGAAAAAUUUCCAAAAAAAUUGGGAAAAAAUGCUGUCAACAUCGCCAACAAUGAUGCGGAGCUCAUUGGAGGAGAUGUUAGAGAAUCUCCGGCGAAAAGACGACGAACUAUCGAAGGAUAUUCCACCGGCGUUACCUUCUCGGCCGACGUCUCGAGCUCGAUUGCCGUCGUCGAGGCAGCGGUCUUUGCCGGUGGGGUUUAAGAUUUCCGGCGGCGGCGGUGGAGGUGGGGAGGAGGUUAAGAGGAAGAGUGAUGACGUGGAGGAGAGAGAAAAGGUGGUGGUGGUGGGGGAAGUGGGUCCUUUGAUUAGGAAGAGGAAUAGUUUUGGGAGUAGUAAGAAGAAGAUUAAAUCGGAUCAGUCGCCGUAUGAAGCGGCGGAGAUGGAGGAGAGAGAAAGUCGUGGAGGUAGCAAUGGCGAUGGUGGUGGUAAUGGUGAGGGAGUCACGUCUACUUCUAAGGGUGUGAUUGAGUGGGAAGAUAAUGUUGAUUAUUUUAUUAAAAAGAAACUUCGUGUUUGGUGUCGGCUUCCUUCUGGACAGUGGGAAUUGGGAUGGAUAGAGUCAACCUCAGGCGAGGAAUCUUGUUUACAGCUUGUAUCUGGAAAUGUCAUCAAAGUGUUGAAAACAGACCUCCUACCUGCGAAUCCAGAUAUUCUUGAUGGUGUGGAUGACUUAAUACAACUUAGCUAUUUGAAUGAGCCUGCUGUUCUUAGCAAUCUGCAGUACAGAUAUUCACGUGAUCUGAUCUAUAGUAAAGCGGGGCCAGUUUUGAUUGCAAUCAAUCCAUUCAAGCCUGUGCAAAUUUAUGGGACCAACUAUAUAACAGCUUAUAGACAGAAGAAGCUUGCUGACAGUCCUCAUGUAUUUGCAAUGGCAGAUGCAGCUUAUGAUGAGAUGAUGAGAGAUGGUGUAAACCAAUCCAUUAUAAUAAGCGGAGAGAGUGGUGCUGGGAAAACUGAAACAGCAAAAAUUGCAAUGCAGUAUUUGGCUACUCUUGGUGGUGGUGGAGAUGGAAUUGAACGUGAAGUUCUUCAUACAAGCUGUAUAUUAGAAGCAUUUGGAAAUGCAAAAACAUCUAGGAAUGACAACUCUAGCAGAUUUGGCAAGUUGAUUGAGAUUCAUUUCAGUGUGACGGGAAAGAUAUGUGGUGCCCUCAUUCAAACUUUCCUCCUUGAAAAGUCAAGAGUAGUUCAGCUGGCUAGAGGAGAACGAUCAUACCACGUCUUUUAUCAGCUUUGCGCUGGCGCCCCAUCUGAUCUAAGAGGUAGAUUGAACCUGAAAAUGGCCAAUGACUACAACUAUCUCAAUCAGAGUAAUUGCUUGGUGAUUGAUGAUGUUGAUGAUGCACUGAACUUCUAUAAGCUUCAGGAAGCUCUAGAUAUUGUUCGAAUCAAUACUGAAGAUCAGGAGAGAAUGUUUGCAGUGCUCACUGCAAUUCUAUGGCUCGGGAACAUAUCGUUUCAAGUUAUUGACUAUGAAAAUCACAUAGAAGUGAUGGCGGGUGAAGCUCUGACUGCUGCUGCCAGGUUGAUGGGCUGCACUGAGCAGGACUUGAUGUUGGUUCUAUCAACUCGUAAAAUACAAGCUGGCAAGGAUAAUAUUGCAAAAAGAUUAACUUUACAGCAGGCAACAGACACCAGAGAUGCUUUAGCAAAAUUUGUCUAUGCUAGAUUGUUUGAUUGGCUUUUGGAUCAAUUAAAUAAAUCUCUAGAAGUGGGCAAUAUGCGGACUGGAUGGUCCAUAAACAUCCUGGAUAUCUAUGGUUUUGAGUCAUUUCAGAAAAAUAGCUUUGAGCAAUUCUGCAUAAAUUAUGCGAAUGAGAGGUUGCAACAACAUUUCAACCGUCAUCUUUUCAAACUGGAACAAGAGGAUUAUGAAGCUAAUGGAAUUGACUGGACUAAAGUUGACUUUGAGGACAACCAAGAGUGUUUGAACCUCUUUGAGAAGAAACCUUUGGGGCUUUUGUCUUUAUUGGAUGAGGAAUCAAAUUUUCCCAAGGCUACAGAUCUGUCUUUUGCCAACAAGCUUGAGGAACACUUAAACUCUAAUUUCUGUUUUAAAGGAGGUAGAGACGGGUCAUUUAGUAUCCGCCAUUAUGCAGGACAGGUUCAUUAUGACACUUGUGGCUUUUUGGAAAAGAACAGGGAUCCAUUGCACUCAGACUCUCUCCGCCUACUCCUGUCAUGUAAUUCUGCACUGAUUCAGCAAUUAGCUUCCGGCAUGGUUGAUCAAUCUCAGAGUUCUAAUGGCCCCAAUUUCCAAUCUGCUCUGGACACCCAGAAACGAAGUGUUGCAACAAAGUUUAAGAAUCAGCUUUACAAACUGAUGCAACAGCUUGAAACUACUACUCCUCACUUCAUUCGCUGCAUAAAACCAAACAGUAAGCAGCUUCCUGGUGUUUAUGAGAAGGAUCUUGUCUUGCAACAGCUAAGAUGCUGUGGAAUUUUGGAAGUUGUGAGAAUCGCUAGGUGUGGUUAUCCUAGUCGAAUAACUCAUGAAGAUUUUUCUCAAAGGUUUGGCUUCCUGAUAUCUGAUAAGAGCGUAUCUCAGGAUCCCUUGAGUAUAUCAGUUGCUAUUCUGCAGCAAUUCAACAUUCUUCCUGAACUUUACCAAGUUGGCUAUACAAAAUUAUACUUUCGAACUGGGCAGAUUGGAGCAUUGGAAGAAACAAGAAAACGAGUUUUGCUGUCCGUGACUGGAUUACAGAAAUGCUACCGUGGUUACAAGACUCGUACUGAGUUUGUAGAAUUGAAGACAAGAAUUUCUUCAUUGCAGUCAUUCAUCCGUGGUGAAAAUGCUAGAAAAAAGUAUGAUAUUCUUUUAAAGAAUCAUAAAGCCCACUUGCAGAAGCACAAGAACAUGCAUAAGCAUAAGCGUAGUGCAUCAAAGGCUUUGGAUGAGCAGCAUAAAGCAAUCAUACAAUUACAAUCUGUGGUACGUGGUUGGUUGGCUCGGAAGCAUUUUGAUGAUAUGCUUGCUUUAGAAGACUACAGUGUCAAAGAUGUAAAGAAAAUGAAAGAGAAAGACAUCAAAAUUAGACAAGUGAAGGAUUUCUCACCUGCAAAUGUUCAAGUUUCCAAUAAAGUUGUGGAGGAGCUUCAAAGACGGAUUGCAAGAGCCGAAGAAACUUUGGUUCAGAAGGAAGAGGAGAAUGCUUCAUUAAGAACACGGCUUCAGCAAUAUGAGAUGAAAUGGUCUGAUUAUGAGGCUAAAAUGCGGUCAAUGGAGGAUAUGUGGCAGAAGCAGAUAGCGUCGUUGCAAACGAGCCUUGCUGCAGCAAGAAAGAGUUUUACCCCAGAGGAUGCUGCCGGUCAACCUGGAAGGCAAGAGGCUUCCCCAUCUCCUUGCUCUUAUGAUUCAGAUGAUAAUUUGUUCAUGGGCCCUCGAACUCCUGGAGAAAGCACACCCACGAAAUAUUCAGUUCCCAUUGCUGAAGCUCGAGAGGCAAAUGGGGGUGGUGACCAUGGUGUUAAUCCAGUCAAUCAUUUAGCAAAGGAGUUUGAGCAACAAAGACAAGCUUUUGAUGAAGAUGCAAGAGCACUGUUUGAUGUCAGGUCUGUGCAGCCUGCUCCAGGUAUGAAUUCCUUUGAUGAACUUCGGAGAUUGAAGACGAGAUUUGAAGUAUGGAAGAAAGACUACAAGGUUCGGUUAAAAGAGACAAAAGGGGCGCUGCACAAGCUUAGGCAUGCUGAUAUGGAGAAGCAUCGCCGGAAAUGGUGGGGAAAGUUGAGUGGGAAAGCACACUGAACCAUAGGAACAUAGGAUACAAAUUCUGCAAAGUUUUCUUGGAAAAACUUCGCUCACCAACUUCCUGAGCGUUGAAGUUCUCUGGCAUACUCUGCAAGUUUACCUUGCAUGUAGGAAUAGUUAGGGAGAGAAAUUUGUGUUGUAUGUCUACCAAUUUUUGUUGCUUGGUGGAGUAACCGACAAUCUUAGGGUGUAUCUCAGCCUAAAACUGAAAAUUACCGUCCAAAAGAUGUGGCGAUAUUCAAUGUGUAUAUAUGUGCUGUUGUUAGUGAUGUAUUCUUUACUAAAUAGCAAAUGUAGGAUAAAAAAUUGGGGUUAGAUAGGCUUAUGCUGUAUGUGUGUAAAGUUGUAGCCAUCAAUUAGUUUGUUGAACUUUGUAUCUUUUUAUCUUUUAGUGUAAUACAUCUUAUUUUCAUCU